AUGCAUCAAGAAUUUAGUUUAAAAAAAUCAGCAGAUAUGGAGGACGUUAGAGGAAUGAUAGAAGUUGGUAACUGCUAUAGAAAGGGGAUAGGAGUAGUAAGAGACAUACAACGGGCUAAUUAUUGGUAUCGAAAGGGAAGAAAUAUAAAAAAGAUAAACAUACAUGGAUCACAGGAAGGCUUAGAUAAUGACGGAUUAAAGAAACCAUAUGCUAUAUAG